UCUUUCUCCGAUCUACUUCUCCGGUUUCUCACCGAUUUAGAUCUUAUCUUGAGGUUUCCUCUUACCUUCAAAGGAUUCCGAGAAUGAGAGAACGGCAACUAUUCUCCGUCUUUCUGCUUCUCUUAGCUUUCGUUUCGUUCCAGAAGCUUUGCUACUGUGACGAUCAAACGGUUCUAUAUGAAUCGUUUGAUGAACCGUUUGAUGGUCGCUGGAUCGUUUCGAAGAAUGGUGAAUACGAAGGUGUAUGGAAGCAUGCAAAGAGCGAGGGACAUGAUGAUUAUGGACUUCUCGUGAGCGAGAAGGCUAGGAAAUAUGGAAUUGUGAAAGAGCUUGACGAGCCUCUAAACCUCAAGGAAGGAACUGUUGUUCUUCAGUACGAGGUUCGUUUCCAGGAAGGACUUGAGUGUGGUGGUGCUUACUUGAAAUACCUCCGCCCUCAGGAAGCUGGAUGGACACCACAGGGAUUCGAUAGUGAAUCCCCUUACUCCAUUAUGUUUGGUCCCGACAAGUGUGGAGCCACAAACAAAGUGCAUUUCAUCUUGAAGCACAAGAAUCCCAAGAGUGGCGAGUACGUUGAGCACCAUCUGAAGUUCCCUCCUUCUGUUCCUUAUGACAAGCUUUCCCAUGUCUACACCGCCAUCUUAAAACCCGACAACGAGGUUAGAAUUUUGGUUGAUGGAGAAGAAAAGAAAAAGGCCAAUUUACUCUCUGGUGAAGACUUUGAGCCUGCAUUGAUCCCUGCCAAGACUAUCCCUGACCCUGAAGACAAGAAACCAGAAGACUGGGACGAGAGAGCCAAGAUCCCUGAUCCAAAUGCCGUGAAGCCUGAUGACUGGGACGAAGAUGCACCUAUGGAGAUUGAAGAUGAGGAAGCUGAGAAACCUGAAGGAUGGUUAGAUGAUGAGCCUGAGGAGGUUGAUGACCCUGAGGCGACCAAGCCUGAAGAUUGGGAUGAUGAGGAAGAUGGUAUGUGGGAGGCUCCUAAGAUUGACAACCCCAAGUGUGAAGCAGCACCUGGUUGUGGUGAAUGGAAGAGACCAAUGAAGAGGAAUCCUGCUUACAAGGGCAAAUGGAGUUCUCCUCUUAUCGAUAACCCUGCUUACAAGGGAAUCUGGAAGCCCAGAGAUAUUCCUAACCCUGACUACUUUGAGUUAGACAGACCAGAUUAUGAACCCAUUGCAGCCAUCGGUAUUGAGAUCUGGACAAUGCAAGACGGAAUCUUGUUUGACAACAUCUUGAUAGCGAAAGAUGAGAAGGUCGCUGAGACUUACAGACAGACCACAUGGAAACCCAAAUUCGAUGUUGAGAAAGAGAAACAAAAGGCAGAAGAAGAAGCUGCUGGCUCUGCAGAUGGUCUUAAGAGCUACCAGAAGAUUGUAUUUGACCUCUUGAACAAGGUUGCAGAUUUAUCUUUCCUAAGUGCCUACAAGUCUAAGAUCACAGAACUGAUUGAGAAAGCUGAGCAACAACCAAACUUAACCGUUGGUGUUCUCGUCUCCAUUGUGGUCGUAUUCUUUUCCCUAUUUGUCAAGCUUAUCUUUGGUGGCAAAAAGGCUGUGGCACCUUUGGAAAAGAAGAAACCAGAAGUAGCAGAGAGUUCAAAGAGUGAGGAUGAGGCAGAGAAGAAGGAAGAAACCGCCGCACCACGUAAAAGGCAACCGAGACGUGAUAAUUAGAACAAAGUUUAAGUAGUUUUCGAAGAUGUCAAAGGAAACUUUCAGAUAAUUUUUUUUUUGUUCUGUUUUUGGUUUUGGGUUGAAUGUUGUUUUCUGCUGUAGCCUAUAUAAUCGGAUUUUUUUGUCUUUUAGCGAAAAAAACAAAGAAAGGGGGAAGGGAGGUGAGGAAUAUGUAAGUGAGACAGUUUUCUUGAAUCUUGACAGCCAAAUUGUAGUUUCUGUUUCAUUUUUC